UAUAUCACACCAUCACAAAGUUUUAGCUCCAAUCACUUGAAAAGAAGUGAACCUAUUUGCGACUAAAUUCAGAUCUCUCUUUUGGUCAUUUCCUCAAACUCUUCUUCCCCCGACUAAAACAUCAAAAACAAAACAAACAUCUACAUAAAAGCAAAGUGCAGAGAUAUGUGUGGUCUGAUAGAUAUUUGGACAAGUGAAUUUGCAAAGUUGCAGAAUAAGGUGGGUCAAAGUCAAGGUGCUGAACCCAUUUUCUCAAAAGGGUCGAAUCCAAAAACUGAAUUAAUUGGUGAAAACCAUGAGAUUAAGAAAGGAAAUUGGAGUUCCCACUCUGUUGUAAGGAAAUUUGAGUCACUUAAAAAGUUGAAUUGCUACUCUGAAGCUUCAAUUUCUAUGAUUCUUGAUUGAUUGUGUUAGCCCUUGAAGUAAAGUGGACAGUGGACACUGUUUUACUACUGGUUUUUUUUUUUUGGCUGUUAUCUUUGUUUCUCUUUUAAAUUUUUACUUUUGUUAUGAGCUGAGAUAGCUUUGCAGCUUUUCAAUUAAUUUCCACCACCUUGAUGUUUGUGUGGGGGGAAAUGUAUAGUUUUAAUUUGGUUUCUAUCUAAGUUUGUCUAUUAGUCUACAGAUUUGAUUUUCCUUAAAUUCUAUUCCCUCUAACUAAAACGAGCUAUGUGCUUGAUGACAAGUUAAGGACCUAUAAAUGUCAAAUACUGGCUCCGCUUCUGAUAUUGAUAUCAAUUGGUGAAUGAAAUUAACCACCUCAUGAUAGGUUCACCUAUUAAAGAGAAAUUUACAUGGAAUUGUCAGUAAUAGGUUACAUAUUAGUAACUUACUAACUUAGAAAACGAAGCAAGUUACGUGCUACAACAGGUUUAAGUACACUAAUAAUGAAAGAAAAUUUAAUUACAUUGUGAGAGCUCAAUGAAUUUUGGGGUCCAGGAUAGUUUGUGACAUUUGUAGUGAGGAAGAAACUUCCAAGUCAAGGUCUUCAUCAACCCUUUAAUAUAUUGUGUUAGGUAAAGGCUGCUUCUAAUACAAAGACUUAUACUACAUUACUACUAGUUUGCAACAAAAAGGUUUUCAAUCUUCAAAUUCAUAUUACUUUCUCAUCAUGGCUGAAAUUCUUUACGAGCUUGCUGCUGAGAUCUUGAAAAACUUGGGUUCUCUUUCAGUUCAAGAAAUAGGAUCAAUUUGGGGACUAAGCGAUGAGCUUCGCAAGCUUUCUGGUACAGUUUCUUCAAUCCAAGCUGUACUAAUUGACGCGGAGGAGCAGCAGCAGAGUAGCCACGAGGUGAGGGAUUGGAUAAGGAAACUUAAAAAAGUUUUCUUUGAGGCUGAUGAUCUCUUGGAUGACUUUGCUACUGAAGUUACGCAUCGAAAAUUGGUGAAUAAGGUAAGCAUCUUCUUCUCAAAGUCAAAUCCUGUGCUUUAUAAUGUUAAGAUAAGUAAGCGUCUCAAGGUCAUUCGAGAAAAUCUAGAUGUAAUUGCAAAAGAUAAGGCCUCCUUAAACCUUGUUGAAAGGAGGCAACCUUUGCUUCUUGAGUCUAAUUUGGAUAGAGAGACUUAUUCAUUUGUGCCUGAUGGAGAAGUCAUUGGAAGGAAUGAUGAUAGAACGAAAAUUCUAGAUUUUCUUAUGGAUGCUGAGGUAAAUGAGAAUGUUGUGGUUAUAUCAAUUGUUGGCCUUGGCGGACUAGGAAAGACCACUCUUGCGCAAUCGGUGUAUAAUAGUGAAAUGGUUCAGGAAAAAUUUGAUAAAAGAUUGUGGGUUUGUGUUUCAGACGUUUUUGAAGUGAAAGUGAUUGCAGAAAAAAUCGUCGAAUCUGCAGGAGGGGAGAAAGCUAAUUACCUUCAACUUGAUGCACUGCAAAAGCAACUUCGAGAAAUGCUUGAUGGGAAGAAAUAUCUACUGGUGCUCGAUGAUGUGUGGAACGAAGAUGCCUUGAAAUGGUCGAGAUUGAAAAAUAUGCUGAUCGGUGGAGCCAAGGGAAGUAAGAUUUUAGUAACUACUCGUUCAGAUGUAGUUGCGGAAGUUUCAGGUAGUGUUCACCAACAUAAAUUAGGGGACCUUGCAAAAGAAGAAGCAUGGGCAUUGUUUGAAAAAAUGGCAUUUGAGUGUAACAAAGAGAGUGAAAAUUCGAGUUUGGUGGAAAUAGGAAAGGAAAUUGUAAAGAAGUGUGGAGGAGUUCCUCUUGCAAUAAGGUCAGUAGGAAGCCUACUACGCCUAAAAAGGACGGAGGAUGAAUGGAUAUAUUUCAAGAAUCAAGAUUUGUCAAGUAUCACACAAGGAGGCGAUAGUGUCAUGGCCAUUUUGAGAUUGAGCUAUAAUCACCUUCCUCACCAUCUAAAGAUAUGCUUCGCAUAUUGUUCCCUCUUUCCAAAAGAUUUCCUAAUUGAUAGAGUUGAUUUGAUGGAUAUGUGGAUUGCUCAAGGCUUCAUUCAAUCAACUAUUAGCAACAGAGACAAUGUGGAGGACGUUGCAAAUUCGUAUUUCGUGGAUUUGUUAAGAAGGUCAUUCUUUCAAGAAACUGAAGAAGACAAAUCAUUUCGGCAUUUUUGCAAAAUGCACGAUCUUAUUCAUGAUCUCGCGAAAGAAGUUGCAGAUAGGGAUUUCUUCUGUAUCACUAAAACAGAAGAUACAAAGAUUGUCCCAGAACAAGCGCUCCAUGCUUCUUGUUUAUUCCGGAUUAAUGGUUCAUUGGCAUUUCCCAAACCCUUCUAUGCGAAGCAUAUGAAAUUGCGGACAUUUAUUUACCUAAAUGGGUACGAAGCAUAUGUAAUGAGCAAUUCAACGUUAGAGAGAAUGCUUGCAAGUUUUGAAUGUUUACGUGUUCUGCAUCUAUGUCACCUGCAGAUAAUAUUUCUGCCUCAAUCUUUAGGUGGAUUGAAGCAUCUAAGAUAUCUUGCUAUUUCCUCUACAAGCAUUGUUACUUUACCAAAUUCCAUCACGAAGUUGCAUAAUCUACAAGUUUUAAAGUUGGAUUGCAUUAAACUCAGAAAAUUGCCAAGAGAUAUUUGGAGAUUGGUGAGUCUUCGAAGUUUGAUGUGUUCGUGGUGCCAAUCAUUAACCCAUAUUCCACCAGGACUGUGGCAGUUGGCAAGUGUCACGCAUUUGGAUUUUGAUGGUUGCUAUUCAUUGGAAGAUAUGCCACCUGGAAUUGGCCAAUUGACAUCUCUACGGACAUUGACAAGUUUUGUUGUAGGCAAAGAAAGUCGCAUAUCUGGUUUGGCAAGUGAUAAGUUGAAUGAAUUAAAGGGCCUUGCUGAUCUCAGAAAUAGAUUACACAUUAAGUUCAUGGGACGAGCCCGUGCAAUUGGAGAAAGAAUACCUACCGAUGUAGUGAAAAGAAUGAAACAUCUUCGAGAGCUGUUCGUAGAGUUCGAUUACGGAAAUCAAGAGGAUGAUACUGGAGCAGAUCUGAUAAUGUUGGAGGCCCUGCAGCCGCACCAAAACAUUGAAAGGUUGCGAAUAGAAAAUUAUAGUGGAUCAAGGUUCCCAAGUUGGUUGAUGGUUGAUAAUCUUGGCUUUUUGCUACCCAAGCUUGUUUUUCUAAAUAUCACAUAUUGUCGUAAAUGCCAAAAGCUCCCACCAUUAUGGCGACUGCCUUCUCUCGAGGAUCUUGAACUCCAAUGGAAUCUUGACGGUGAUGAUGAUAAAUUCAUGUUACCAUCAAAUUCUCCUACAUAUUUGUGCUACUUCCCUUCGCUAAAGGAACUUUCUUUCAUGAUAAUAAGUGAGAAGAUAUUGAAGCAAAUUCUUUGCCCUUUUCCUCAUCCUCUUUUCAAUUUAAAUAGCUUGAGUCUAAUUUCUAUCGAGGGCCUGGAAACUAUGCCAGAGGAUUCGUUCAAGUGUCUCACUUCGCUCCAAUCCUUGUUAAUUAUUAACUGCAGAAAUCUGGUCUCUCUAUCCAGAUGUCUAACUCAUCUCACUUCCCUUGAGUCUUUAUGUAUAAUGAAUUGCCCUCUGCUUGAUUUGUCGAAAGAAGAAGCAAUGCAAUUUGAAGUCCGGGGGAAUUUAUCAACUUUCAAAGUUAGCACUCUUGACAAGCUAAUGUCGCUACCAGUUUGGCUCCAACAUUUCUCGGGUACUUUGAAAUCAAUAGAGAUUCGGGACUGUUAUAACUUCACAACAAUUCCAGAAUGGAUAGGCGACCUCAUUGCCCUUAAUCGGUUGGAAAUUAUUGAUUUACCUAUGUUGACAUCCUUUCCAGAAGGCAUGCGAUCUCUCGCAGCAUUGCAAGUGCUAAUUGUUACAAGAUGUUCAUCAAGUCUGAAGCAAAGAUGCGAGAAAGAAGUAGGAGAGGACUGGCCUAAGAUUGCUCACAUUCCACGAGUUGAGAUAGACUAAGAUUUGAUAAUCCGCUGCAAGUUCAGGCUCGAAGCAAUGUAUGGAUAGAAGGAUGAGUAAGCAUGAGUUUACCAGUGGAAGGCGGGUGAAGGUCAAGGUGCUGAACACCAUUUUGAAAAGUGAAAACCAUGAAGUUAAGGAGUUUUCUUGAUUUCUCUGUUUGCAACUUCUCAAUUAGUUCCCACCUUGAUGUUUGUAGGUGAUAAUGUAUAUGUUUAAUUUUGUUUCUGGAUAAAUUUGUGUGUAGAUCUGAUUUUCCUUUACAGUUUUUUUCUGCC